CCGUUCAGAACUGCUGCGUCUCUCACCACAUUUCCCAUAAGGCAUCGCGGAGGGCGACGUCAUUAUUCUGCGCAGAGCUGAGGUGGCGUUUGUCAGAAGGCUCUUCGUUGCUCAAACAUCCGUCAUGACUAAACUCCUGCAGUGGCUGCUCGGAGCGUCGCUGCUGGGCGCUAUAUGGGCCGUGGUCGCCUUCGAUCCGCUGGAGCUGAGCCUCCCCCGGACCUACAGGGAGGUGGCCUGGCCCAUGCCUCUCUACCUGCUGGUCUCCUUCGGCUGCUACUCCCUGGCCACGGUGGGCUACCGGGUGGCCACCUUCAACGACUGCGACGAGGCGGCCAGAGAACUGCAGGAACAGAUCAAGGAAGCCAAAGAGGACCUGAGGAGAAAGGGGUUAAAGAUGUAGGACAACCACAGGGAGCUUUGUUGAAGCUGUGGAGACUGAACUGCGAGCGUUUUAUUUCUCUUUUCUCUGAGAGAGAGAGAGCACUUACAAAGCGGGGUAUAUUUGAAAUGUGUCGCUGCUGGAUGAUCUUGGAGCGUCUUCGUAGUCGGCAGGUUCGAUCUGAAACAUAAAUUACAACGAGGCAUCAGUCAGUCCUCGUCACUGCAAUGUUUUUCCUGCCAGAAAGGGACCUUAGAGUAUUUCUGUGUAGAGCUGACGAGUAAAAACAGCUACAAGCCAGACCUUUCUGUAAGAUCAAACUCUCCUUCACCUAUUCCAUGACAUGCCGUGGUAGUUUAUUGUUGCUGUUUUGCUAUUUUUGUUUAGAGAUAUUUAUUUAAUUAAAAUAAAAUCGGUCCUUGAGAACAAGCCAACCCUGCUCACAUGCUUCUGAUGACGUCACAUAUUGCAUUAAACAGAGCAGAGUUCUUUGGAACAUGUCCUUUUUAUUUUUCUGAAGGGUUUUCAGGGCCAAUACAAUUAUUAGUAUUUUUUUUAUUUAAUUUUUUUCUCUUGAAUUCCAUUACAAACCUUAUCACAAAUGAAAAUAAAGUUUGGUUAAUUUUUUUUCUAAGGACUAUAAUGUACAAGAAGAAAAUAUACACUGUGGUCUGAUUUAUACUUUUUUAGUCACUCGCAAAAGAGAAACACUAUUUCUUUUAUUUUUGUAGAGGCUUCCACACCCUUUUUGUUGUUUUCUGAGGACGGUAUCGUAGUCAGAUUUAGUUUUCUUAGGGACUAAUGCAUAAAAAAACAGAACAUAUACAUUUUUAAGGCGAAGAACUAUACAUGGUACAUCUAUUUAUGUGUCAGAUUCUUUUUAGACUCAGCAAAAGUCUUAAAGUCUACACUGCUGGGUGAGUUUGGAGGCGACUCAACCUGCGGCCUGCUCGUAGUUUUGUUACAUUUGAUGGCUAGAUUGCUGUGUUGCUAUUGCAAUAUUGCGCAUAUUAAUAAUGUGAUUAUUCUGCAUCUCUCUUUAAAUAUACUUUUGAUUGUAUCACGUUGCCCAUAUGCCAAAUACAUCAGAAGUUUGCAACAUUUUGCUUAUAUCCUGGUAAUUGUAAUCGAAAGGUCACACAUGAAGACUUGGACGGCUCACAGAAGGAUUUCCUGGAUGCAGUUCAGUCUGUCUCAGCUCCAAUACCAUCCUUUUUAAAAAAAAAAAAAAAAAAAAAAAAAAAGGUGGAAUUUGGUUCUGUAUUAAGAGCUGAAUGCUUGUCAGAGAACAUGGACUAAUAUAUCUGUAAAGAAGUGUACAUUCCUUUGUUUGCUAUAAGAAAUGUGCCCUGGAUGCAUUGCUGUGAAUCAAUUAAAUGGGAGUUUAUUUUCUCA